AUGGGAUCAUCUGUUUUACAUUUCGGGCUAGACCUUGAACAUGACAUUGACGAGCAGUACCAAUACACACCAGGUGAGGUUGUCAAAGGAAAUGUGAACAUGGAAAUCAAUGGUCAGACAGCUAUACGCAGGAUAUCAAUCAACAUUCGAGGGGAGGGUGUAGUGGCCUGGGAGGACCAGGUUAAUGGACAAUUUAAGGCCAGCGAAGAAUACAUCAAUGCCACUCACAUUGUAGAAGAAAGUCGAGAUAAAGAACCGAUUAUGUUAGACAAAGGAAGCCACUCUUUUGACUUUGAGUACAGACUUCCUGACAACCUGCCAUCUUCUUUUAUCGGUAAAUUUGGCAGUGUGACCUAUGUGUUCAAGGCUUGUGCCACUGGAGAUCGCCCAGGUGACACAAGCAUCAUUAGUGAACCCUUUCUGAUCCUUCGCAGUUUGCCACUCCCAGAACAAUUCAGACAAGGUGCUUCAGCAAAGAUUGAAAAACGCAUAUGGAGAAAGUUGACUUGUGGGAAGGUCAGACUAGAAGCUAGUGUAAAUCGGUUAGGGGGUACGCAAGGAGAGGAUUUAUUCAUCAACGCUCAAGUAGCCAACAGAUCUCCAGCCAGAAUCACCGCGAUGCAAACCUCAAUCAUUAUGAACACUCUUUAUCAUGCCCAAAAUCGUGCUAUACCUUUCCGUCAAAUUGUGAAUAAGCGACGAGAUGAGUAUGAACUGUUACGCGGUGAUGGACGUCGAUGGCAAAAUGUGCGUCUGUCCAUCCCACCCUACAUUCCUGAAACGAGACUGGAGUUUUGUGAUAUCAUUGAAGUCUCUUAUACACUACAGUUCCGGAUAGAGAUUGCAGGUGGAAAAGAAUUGAAACUGGAAUUUCCAUUUAUGGUUGGAUCCAUGCAAGAUGGACAUGAAAUUGUUUCUCGAAACAAGAAUCAAAUCAUGAACCGACAGUGGACAUUGAGCUCCAAGUUGCUCCAGAUGGGCCCAGACCAUGGACUUCCUGAACAAGAUUAUGACCAAGAUAGAGAAUGGUACCAUGAGAAUGUGCCAGAACUUCGCCCAGAAGAUUCAAAGGUUAUGAAUCCCUUGUAUCAAGAUCAGGACAAAAAGAUUCCAAACAAAACUAUUGAAAACUUUCAACCCACACUGGAUGAGCUACCAGAGGUUAUUGAAAAUACAAAACUUUGA